ACACUUUAUUAAUAAUAUUAUGUAAUAAAUCAUCAAUCGUAACACUUGGAUUUGAUUAUGUCAUAAUGAAAUUGUUAUAUUAAAUAUGCUUGGGACUUAUAAAUCUUAUAAUUUAUUAUGAUUAUUUUCUUUUAACUUCUCUUGUUGUUAAAUAUAUAACAAAUAAAACGAUUAUGACAAUGUUAUAAAACUUGAUUACUUUACAAUUGAUUAUUCAAUCAUUUAUAUUACAUAAUAAUUAGGUAAGUUUAUUUUUAAUUUUGUCCUUUCCUUCUUUUUUUUGGUAUUUAUUUCGUUUUGUUACUUUGUUCCAAACUGGAAUGAAUCUUAAUAUAACAACACGAUGGUUUUUAAUGUUCAUUAUCAAUGUUUGGUAAGUUCAUAUCAUCCUGUUGUUAGGUAUAAAUUUACUUUUUUGAUUGAGAUCAUGAACCGAUUGAUAUUAGACCAUCAAAAUUGGAAACCUGGAAGCACUGGACGGCCGUUUCAUCCUAUUGUGGGACUCCCUAUCAGUGCACAUCCACGAUCCCGCUCGCGGGACUCGAACCCAGGGACUUCGGUCUCGCGCGCGAACGCUUAACCAACUGGACCACUGAGCCAGCAUCCAGUGGUGAUAGUUUCUAACAUCAGCCAAUAAAUUUAUUAUUAAUAAUUAAACCCUAUUAUAGUUUAUUCGAAUUGAUUGAAAAUCUCAGUGAAGAGUCCAGUCACAAAAUAGUAGAAUCUCUAAACCUUUUAGGACCGUAACUUCGAUAUCCUUAUUUAAAAAUAAAACAGAGAUAUUUUUUUACAGAUGUAACUAUGUUAUACUGGUGAGGUACACAGAAAUUCAUAAUGAUCUUGAUUUCCUUAUAUUAGAUUAAAAUUUAUAAUCUUUAAGUAAAAAGCUGUUAAUCUUUAUUCAUUGUUUACAUUGUUUUUACAUGGUAUCUAAAUGUUAAAGUUCAAAAUUGGCCUUUCAAUCGUAACAUAAAAAAUCUGUUCAGUUAAUUUUUUGGUUUGUAAAAAAAAAUCAAUUCACAUAACGUUUACAUUUGGUAAAUGAUUAAUCAAUAAAAAUUAAUUGAUCUAGAUGGAUUUGCCCUCCAAGUACAAUUUAUUUCAGGGCUAAGAAAACUCUUGAAAGUCUCUGUAUAUAUAUAAAGGUAUAUUAUUGGAGACCACUUAUUAAUUGGUGAAUAUUUUAGAGUGGGUUUCAAAUAAAGAAACCAAACUAAGACAUCAGCAUCACAUAUUUGAAUAGUUUGAUGGUGUGGUUUAAUCUUACCGUUUAAUGUAUAGAUUUACCAUAUUUUUAUGCACUACGUGAUUUUUUUCAUGGGUUAUUUUUAUGACCCCAAUAUAUUUAUUGCAUGCAUAACAAUCGAUAUUUUUCAUGGUUAUCAAUUAAGUUAACUUUUAUCAAUGAUUACGGAUUCAGUUUUCACUUUAUGUUUCUAUGUAUUUAAAUGUUCCUCUGAACGUGAACAGUUUUUUUCUCGGUUAUUAUAUUUAUAGGGAAAUUUUAUCACUAAAACAAAACAAACGGUCGUCAUAUUUAGUGUAAAACACAUUCUAGUGUUAAUUUCUUUACAGUCUAACUGAUAUCUGAUAUUUUAAAAUGAAGAUUUUAGAAUUCUUCCCCCAAGUUCAAUAUUUGAAUUUCUGGUAAACAAUAAGAACUUGUUGUUUGCUCAAAUUAGAAAUAAAAUUAAAAUCGAACUGCACAGAUUCGUAUGCAUAAAUAUAAAUAGCUUUCAUGUAAAUAACUGUUAUUCAAUUACUGACUUCCAAUAGUUACCAGAAUUACGUUUUCUAACUCUUUACUGAGUAAGUUUGGAACUUCAUCAGUUAGUCACUUUAGCUGAUCAUUGUGGAUCAUUUUAUUUUUAUGCUUAGUGAUUCUCUCAGUCUCAUUGGUAAUAUUUUUGUUUCAAUUCUCUCAGGAUAUAUGUGGUUACCGCCAAUAACUUUUAAUAAACUUAAAAUCUAGUUUCUAACAUAUUAACGUUAACCUUUAAUUAGUCGAACAUAAAGUUUUAUCUAUCAUAUUUAACUGGCUAAGAUUAAGCUUUUGAGAUAUUGCAUAAUAGGGUCAUUGGAACUCUGGACAAAUUUCGUUAUAAUUUCGAUUUACAAUGAACACGUAGUUGGUUUCAAUGAUAAAUAAAUAAAUUUAUACGUCAUUAUUGUUGAUAAAGUUGUGAGCUGUGCCACCCCCCCAUUUUUAAUUGAAGGUAGUUACAGCAAACAUAAUAAUUGUCUUAUUGUUUUUUUAUUUUUGGUAAAAAUUUCAGAUUCUUUAUAUCUGACUGGUUUAAUGUUUAGUUCUUGUAGACACAAUGUUCAUGACGUUGAGGAUGGAUUUUAACACUUGUUGACAAAGUUUAUAUUAAACUUCUUUGAAACUUAUCGUUAAUUACAUACAAAAUGUUGAAUUACUUGGAGCAUUAAGUACAUUAUGAACUUGCCUUACAGAAACCAUUGAACAUAAAAGUUUGUAGAGUAUGAUACUGGUUGUUCUUUAUUGAUCAAUAGAUUGUUUUAAUAGUCUAUCAAUAGUUGACAUUAACAAAUAUAUAGUUAACAAAUAUUCACUUGUUUUAUGAUAAACAGAUGAUCAUUUGAGAGCUUAAUAAUAGAUUACUUUAGAAAUCAACUACACAUGAAUAGGAUAUUAGUAACGUAAAUGAUGAAAUUGUAUUUAACCAGUGAAAAGAAAUUAUCCUCUCUUGAUAACUAUGAAAACAUUCAUAUACGACUAUCAUUCAAAUUUCUAUCAAAAGAAAUGGAAAUGAGAGGUAUAUUACCAAUUUAAAGUGACUUUUAAUAAUUCGGAAUCCGUGGACUCAUAUUUUGUUACUCUAAACUUUCCUGAACAAUCCCUUAUUCAUCAUGUUGAUUAACAAACAAUCAGUUACUUCACCCGUACAAAACGACUCGGUUAAAACACUAACCUUGAAGUAAAUGACUUAUCAAACCUUCUUUAUUUAUUUAAGACGAAAAGUUUAGAACGGCAAUGUAAGGUUAGAAAUUUCCAAGUAAAUUAAAAGAUCAACCACAGAACAAACGAAUCAAUAUUUAAUGGAGCGCUUUGAUUUUAACAGAUGCAUAGAUAUUAACUGUUAACCUUAAACAAAAAUAGUAUACAUGUAUAUAUAUAGUGGUCUAGCUUCAAUUGACUCAUGAUUUCAACUAUUGAAAUUACUACAAUAUCCACAAAAAACCCUUCUGAUACAUAAAUAAGCUUAAUAAAUGAGUCAUCAGAAAGGGUAAAGGAGUAUUUAACAUUAAAUUACCGUUACACCCAUUAUCAUUGAAUAACAAGGCUGUUGGAGAGUGAUCUAAUAUUUUAUCUUUGUCCAUCUUGUUUUACAAUGCUUUCUCUUAACGUUGUUUCUUUUAUAUUAUAGUAAGUUAAUGACCUCAAAUAUCUGAAUAAACCUUUCAAUUAUCUUACUUCUGGUGAGUUUAUUCUAACAAAUAAUUGUAGCAUGCUAUAAAGUGCUCUUGACCGGGGUAGUAAACAAUUUUAAUAUUAAAAAAUAUCCAAGUGAGAACAGUAUCUUGUACUCGAGGUAAAUCUUAUGAAAUACCUUUAAGUAGAUUGUGAAUUGAUUUUUCAGUGAUCAAAUGACACUCUUAUCAGUUCAUUACUACUUCCCCUAAAAUUGACUCAAUUUUAACAUUGAUCCCACUACAUUUAUACGGACUCAUAGUGAUCAAAUAUAUCACCUAUCAUCUCAGUUAUGUAUAUGUAGAAACUGUGUAUUAUAAGUUGAAGAUUAAAGUACAGAAGGUCGAAAACUCAGUCUUCUUGUUUGUUUGUUGCUCAUCAGUAAAGAUUAUCUACGCUACUUUGAGAAGACUCACAGGUUUGAACCAAGGUGGCCAUAAGUAUUCGCGUCAAACUAAUCAAAUCACUGAUUACAGUCAUAAAAGAACAAUAAUAGCAGCACUUCAGAUGUCUGUGCUUUUUCACAUCUAAUGUUCUGUGUAAAUAUAAACUUGGUCCUUUUCAAUAUUGCGGUAUAUCAUGCGUUGCAUUCAUCUUAGAAAACUAACAUUUAAGGAUAAUUGAAUCAUUAGGUGGUUAUUAUUAUUAUUAUGGCAUACAUUUCUUGUUAAUCAAGCAUAUCAACAAAAAGAAAUGGCAUUAGGUAACUUUUCUCUCUUUUAGGGGAUUGUUGAAUUCACCUAUAAACUAUAUUGGUAGCUUUAACUCAAAUAAGAAUACUUGAUAUGGAAGUUAACUCAUAUUUAAAUCAACAUUGAAGCGUUUAUGUAAUUUUUGCACAAAUCUUUUUAUCAACUUACUUAGAUCAAUCGUUGAAAAACAUUAAAAAGUCAGUGAAAAAUAAGAGAACACAUAAUCAAUAUUAAAAAUAUUUUCUUUAAUAAUCAGUAAUGAUAAAAAUGUACUUGCCUGUUAGUAAACUAUCUUUAUCAUAAAUAUUAAUUGGUAGAAAUAUAAUGAUCACUGUCAAUCUCCAUAAAGAUAUUCAAGCUUUUAUUAUUGAUUACUUUCGAUAAGUUAGACGUUGACUGACUAAUAAUAAAUUGGUGAUGGUAAAGUCCUUGAAAGAUCAUCGUCUUUGUUUAUUAAUCCAUAUGAUAUCAAGAAUAAAGCAUUUGAUAAGAAUAGAAUAGUUUAUCUAGAAUUAUAAUACUUGAAUAUAACUUUAAUCAUCGUAGAAGAUCAAUUGCUGUUUCUCAGAUAGUGUUCCAAGCAUCUGUUAAUUCACAAAUUUUCAUCUAAUAUUCAACUUCUGAUCAGGAUCACUAACAACCAUCAGAAUUAGUGUAUUAAAUGAGUUCAUUAUGGUGAACAUUAUCUAAUGGAUCGGAAUUAUUAAUAUCAUGAUCCGAAGUAACGUUAAAUUGAAGGGUCAAAUGCUUUUUUUUUACGAAAUCAGUGACUUACUGUAAGUUGCAAUAAUGACUAGUUCUAGUAUAGUUAAUAAAAUUGAACUAUGGUUCUUAAAGUUAAUCAACAUCUAUAUAUCAUGAGAUAUAGUUUCUCUCUUCACCUAAUUGAUGUGUUUAGUGUUAUAGUUUUAAAAAGCAGCCUCACUUAGAAACUAGGAAAUCACCCUAAUCGUCAGUAUGAUUAUUUAUCAAGUAAUCAAUAUAUUGCAUAUAAUUUGUGUUGAAACUGAACUAAGGACAACUCAAAUGAAUGAAAGUAUUUUAACUUUGAACAGACUGUUAAGGAUUGAUGAACAAAUUAUUUUAUCAUCUAGGUUUGGAUACACAAUGUUAAUACAUAAUCAAUCUAAACAAAAAAGAUUAUGACUUUAUGUAGUAGGAAUAUCUAAAUCACUGGUGAUAUUUCUAUAUGUCAGAGGGAAGGGGACAUAAACCUAUUCGUAUAUUUUAUAAUAUACUUAAAAUUUGUAGACGAUCACAGUUGGAAUUAAUACAGUUAACGGAUUACAUUAACUACAGAAAAACAACUCCAGUAGUAAUUAAAUGAAUUAAAUACUGUUAAUUAGCAUAAUUAUUUAAUAAAUUAUAAUUUUACAAAAAGUGAAUAGGUCGUCUAAAGUUAAAAUAGUCAAAAUUAAAAUAAGUUGUAAAACUUUUGUCUCAAAGAUAGAAAUUACUACUUUAACAACUUCUGGUAAUUAUCUCAUUUUGUUAAUGUAACGCAAUUUCUAAGGAGAAUUUAAAUAUCUAUGCUAAAUUUGCUUCAUG